AUUCAAAUGAAAAUAUUUACAUUGAAAAACAAUUUAAUAGAAAUUUCAAUGAAAAUGAUUUUAAAAAAAUUUGUAUUGAUUAUCAAAUAAAUCCGAAUCACAUGAAAGAAUAUUUAAGGAAAAUAAAUUUUAUUAAUGAACAAAAAUUGAAAAAAUAUAUUGAAGAUAUUCAAAUGCCAGAUCGUGAACAGUUUUGGCAAUUAAUGAUGAAACAAGGAAUUAUUACAAAUAUUAAAAGUUUUAUUUUGAUUAAUAUACAAGAAACAAAUAAUAGUAAUUCUAAAUUAAAAAAAUUUAUUGAUACAUUAGGAGAAGAAUUAAAACCAAUUCAUGAAAUUAAACCAAAUGAUAAAUCAAUAGUAUUUUUUGGGAAAGUCAAAUUUGAUGCAGAAAAUAUGAAAUAUGUUUACAGAUCUCUCGCUAAAAAUUAUCAAAUUCUAGAAGAAUCCAUAGAGCAAUUCGAAUCGAUUACAUCAGAUGCUUUUCUUGAAAUUGAAGGUUUAGAUAUAAAUGAUUCAAAAGAACUUUAUAAUAAACUUGUUGAACAAAAAAUAAUUGACAAACAAACUGGGACACUUCUUACAACUGAUUUACAGAAAUUAAAUUUUGAUAAAUAUCAAAUUUAUGAUCAACGCAUAAUUACAAUUAUAAAUUGUCGCUGUUUAUAUAAACUUCAAAUUCUAGAAAUAUUACAACAAAUAGAAUUUCAAGAUUUUGAUUCUAUUCAUUUAACAUUACCAUAUAAUUUACAUAAAGAUCUUCUACUUGAUUUUGAAUCAUCAUUAAUAAUCAAACCAGUUUAUUAUAAUUAUAAAAAAAUCAAUGUUUCUUUCUGUGAAAAAUUCUUAACAAGAGAUUAUUCAUAUAAAUUAGAACAAUUAAUAAAAACAACAUGUAAUAAUGAAGAAACUAUUUGUAAAAGUAUUGCAAAAUGA